AUGGAGGCGAGAGUAAGCAGACUGGAAGCUACUGUGGCUGAUCUCAAUAAACAAGUGGAAGCACAGUCGACAGCUACACGUGAGCUAAUGGAGAAAUUAGUUGCUCAGAUGGACAGCAAAAUAGCCAGUUGGAAGGAUGACAUUGUCGAAACAAUCCAACUCAAUCGUCCGCCACCGCCGAUCUUAGAAACUGCUCCGGGAGGAUCAUCUGUAAAUGGUGGAGGUCAGGAGCCUCACUCCAGAUCUCGCUUGAAUCCAAAUCCAACGAGGAGAAGGUCGAAAAGCUCCUGUUGGAGAAGAGGAGGCUGCGGAUUUGGAAUCCGAUGUGAGAGAUUCUUCUUGAUGGCUAAUAUUCCUCAAAUUGAAGAUAUGCAUGUAUUGUAUGUGAAUUUGACAGGGAAGGUAGGACUGUGGUUUGAGAGUUACUUAACUGGGCUAGAAGGUGCUUUUGAGUGGGCACCAUUUGUUGUAGCUGUGUGUAGAAGGUUUGGAGGGGAUAGUGGAUCAGUGAUGGAGGAGUUUACUGGUUUUAAGCAGUAUGGAAUGGUGUUGGAAUUUACAGACCGAUUUGAGGAGUUUAGAAGCUUGUUGCUCCAGAAUCAUCCCACUCUGAAUGGGGGAUAUUUCCUGGAAGCUUAUGUAGCUAGACUCAAGCAGAACCUCAAAUGCUUUGUGAGAACAGCUCAGCCUAAAUCCUUAGCAGAUGCAAUUUGGUUUGCCAAACAGUUUGAGAAGGGAUUCAAGCCCAAUGAAUUGUACAGAAACCCCUCCCACUUCACUACAAAACCUAAUCAGUUUGCAAACUCCUCAUCUACCAAACCAUACACAUCUACAUACACACCAAAACCCUAUACAUCCAAACCUGCUGAAAUAAGGCCUAGAAAUUCACAAGGAUCAGCAGCAUCCAACAGCUUUAAUAGCACUGCCAAGGGGCCUGAAGUGGAGAGUGAGUUUUAUGAUACUUCUGAAGAAUUGAGCAAUGAAGAAUCAGCCCAGGAAGUGGAAAAAUCAUAUGAGCAAGCUGAAAUCUCCUUGUAUGCUAUGAUGGGAGGAGAAGGUCUGAACACCAUUAAACUGUUGGGAGCUAUUGGAAGGCAGCAGUUGGUGAUCCUAGUGGACAGUGGAAGUACUCAUAGCUUCCUAGACCCUAAGCUGCUCACUCAAUUGAGAAUUGAAUCAGAAAGAGCUCAUCCUCUGAGGGUAACUGUAGCUAAUGGAGAGCAAUUGAUUUGUGACUCUAUUUGUAAAGGGAUGAAAUGGCAGGUGCAAGAGGAGUGGUUUGAAAAGGACUUCAGAUUACUAAGGUUAGGGGGGUGUGACAUGGUCCUUGGUAUGGAUUGGAUAGACCAAUUUGCACCUAUUCAACUCCACACUAGACCUCCUGGCAUCUCAUUUCACAAGGAAGGCAAAAGAGUCUUAUUGAAGGGGCUAACCAGAAAACCUCAGAUUUUGCAAGCAGCUACUAAGAAGGAUACUAAGAGAUGGCAGAAGAAUGGGGUUCAGGGAUUUUUAAUAGACUGUGAAGGUCUGGUAAAUGAGGCAAAUGAGCACCAGUGUUGUUUAGUCACUAUGCAGACAGAUUUUAAGGAAUUGGCAGAACUGAUUCAGGAAUUCCAAGAUUUGUUUGAUGAACCUAAAGCCUUACCUCAAAAAAGGGCCUAUGAUCACUCCAUUCCACUAAUACCUGGGGCUCAACCUGUGAAUAAGAGACCAUAUAGGUACUCUUUUGAUCAAAAAAAUACCAUAGAAAAGAUGGUAGAGGAGAUGUUGAAGGCAGGAGUGAUUACUGAGAGCGUAUCUCCAUUUGCUUCUCCUGUUUUGUUGGUUCCAAAGAAAGACAGUACCUGGAGAUUUUGUAUAGAUUACAGGGCAUUAAAUGAUAUCACUGUGAAGAAUAAGUUCCCAAUUCCCUUAGUGGAAGAUCUUUUUUCUGAGUUGGCGGGUUCUAAACAUUUCACUAAGCUGGACCUAAGAGCAGGAUAUCACCAGCUGAGGAUGAAGGAAGGGGAGGAGUAUAAGACUGCUUUUAGGACACAUCAGGGCCUUUAUGAAUUCAGGGUCAUGCCCUUUGGCCUCACAAAUGCCCCAGCAACCUUUCAAGCAUUGAUGAACCAUGUGUUUAAGCCAUUAUUAAGGAGGUUUGUGCUGGUUUUUUUUUAUGAUAUCCUGAUUUACAGUCCUGAUCUAAAAGCUCACUGGAAUCAUCUCAGAGCAGUUCUGCAGCUAAUGAGAGAACACAAGUUGCUAGCUAAGUUGAGCAAAUGCUCCUUUGCAAAAGAAGAGGUGGAGUAUUUGGGACAUAUCAUUUCUGGAACUGGGUUGCACACUAACCCCUCUAAAUUGCUAGUUGUGGUUGAAUGGCCUAAACCUACAACUAUUAAGGGCCUGAGGGGGUUCCUAAGAUUGACUGGGUAUUACAGGAGAUUUAUUAAAGGUUAUGGGAUCAUCAGCAAACCCUUAACUAACAUGCUGAAAAAGAACUCAUUCCAGUGGGAAUCAGAAGCUGAUACUGCUUUUGAGACACUGAAACAACCUAUGUGUUCAGCACCAGUCCUAGCCCUCCCUGAUUUCAACAAAACCUUCACUGUGGAAGCUGAUGCUUGCCAUAAGGGCAUGGGGGCUGUCUUGAUUAAAGAAGGUAAGCCAAUAGCUUACUUUAGCAAGGCUUUUGGAGACAAGCACCUUGGGCUGUCUAUAUAUGAGAAGGAAUAUCUCUCCAUUAUCAAUGUUAUGGAGAAAUGGAGAUCUUACCUAAUAGGGAGGCAUUUCAUUAUCAAAACUGAUCACCAUAGUUUGAAAUUCCUCCUAGAACAGAAAAUAACCACUGCCAUUCAACAUAAAGGACUAGCUAAAUUACUGGGGUUGCAGUAUACAAUACAGUAUAAGAGAGGGGUUGAUAACUGUGCAACUGAUGCACUUUCUAGGAGAAUGGUGGAUCAUGAGGACACUGCAAUGAAUGCCAUUUCCAGUGUCAAACCCCAGUGGGCAGAGAAGAUAGCUCAAAGUUAUGAGAAUGAUGAUUGGGCAAAAGAGGUGUUGACUACCACCCUUAUUACACCUGAUCAGAAUCCUAAAAUAACAGUGAGUGAUGGGUUGAUUAAGUACAAGCAGAGGCUUUACAUUGGCAGUAGAGGGAAUCUGAGAGGAAAAUUGAUGACUCAGAUGCAUGACUCUCCUCUAGGGGGUCAUUCAGGGCAGCAAGGAACUUACCAGAGGUUGAGAUCAUUAUUUUACUAG